UGUUGAUUAUGUAUCUAUUGCCUGGAAAGUGUGGGCGUGGACUACCAAAGUCCUCUCGGAACAUUCUUCCUAGAAAGUGUGGGCGUGGACUACCAAAGUCCUCUCAGAACAUUUUUCCUACUUCCCAAAUUCCAAUGACUCACAAUUGAGCACCAAAAAAGAAUGAAUCUGCAUAUAGUUUCAAUUGCUUUGCUACUUCUCUGCUUCCUCAACACAUACAUAUGGGCUAGUGAUAUUCCAACUUACUUCACAGGCGACGUCUCUAUUAACAGCGGCUCAGUUGGUACUUCUUCAGCACUCAAUGGCAGGGAAUGGGUGGGAGACGUUAAACCAAAACUUCCUUCCUUGCUACAGCUGAAGGGCUCAUCAACCACAUCAACUGCAAUUCAUAAGUUGAUCUCUGCUGAUCCAGUUCCCCACAACACUGCAAGAAUCUCUCUCUCCCAAUUCUCCUAUGCAUUUCUACUGAACCCAGGUCAGAAAAUCAUCCGCCUUCACUUUAAUCCGUCUCCAUAUAGAGGUUUUAAGGGGUUGAGGGACUUCUUUACUGUGGAAGCUGGACCUUUUACUUUGCUCAGUAAUUUCAGCGCUUCACUUACUGCUGAUGCUCUUGCUCUCAAGUCUUUUGCCAAGGAAUUCUGUCUAAACAUACGAGAAAAUGAGCAACUCAUCCUUACAUUUUCUCCUGUAACUAGUCCCUCGAGGGAUAGUACAUAUGCUUUUAUAAAUGGCAUUGAGAUUAUCCCAGUGCCGGCCGGUCUUUCCUACUUUGAUGGUGGAGAUAUUGGAGUCCAAGUGGUUGGUCAGAAGUCUCUGAUCCAUGUUGAUCACAACACUGCACUUGAGAUUGUCCAUCGGCUAAGCAUUAAACCGAAUCCAGUCCUGUCUGCUGGAGAUUUUGAUGGUGUGUUCCCGACUUGGGCAAUGAAAAAAGCAAAUAAAAGCAGAAAUGAGACCUGGAGGGUGUCGGUAGAUGUAGGAUUCCGAUACUUGAUAAGGCUUCAUUUCUCGGAGCUAGGAAUCAAGAUUACAGGAACUGAUGAUGUGGUGUUUAAGGUUCUCAUUAAUGAAAUUAUUGCUCAGACUAAUAUUGACAUAGCGAAGGAAAGCAAUGAAAAUAGCAUCCCCCGGUAUAGGGACUACAUAGUGAUGAUGAGAGGCCAAAAGAGGGAGGAUAAACGCGAUAUCUUGAUUUCACUGCAGUGGGAUAAUGAACUCAUAGAUGGAAGGGGACUGCUUGAUGCAUUUGAAGUAUUUAAGUUGAGCAACCCUGAUAAUAGUCUUGCCAGUCCAAAUCCCUUGCCUCCAGAACAGGAUCCGCCAUCCUGGAUUAUCCAAACUUUACUCUUGGUUCUUGGUCGUAGAAAUGCUAUGGCAACUUUUGCAGUAGCUAUGAUUGCACUGGUGAAUAUUAUUGUCCAUAAGUUGCCGCAGAUUUGGGAAGCUUGCAGUACUGAGGAGAAAAACAAGCCAUCGGUCAGGGCUGAACGACUCUGUCGCCGUUUUUCACUAGCUGAGAUCCAAUUAGCCACCAGAAACUUCAAUGACGCACUCUUAAUUGGACGCGGAGGAUUUGGUCGAGUCUACAAAGGCCUGAUUGAUAAAGGGCACAAUACUGUGGCUGUAAAGAGGUUAAAGUUGGAGUCGAGGCAAGGGGCGCAUGAGUUUUUGACAGAGAUUGAAACACUUUCUGAACUGAGACAUGUUAAUUUAGUUUCUCUAAUUGGUUAUUGCAAUGAGCGUGGAGAAAUGAUUCUUGUUUAUGACUAUAUGGCUGGAGGGACACUGUCUGACCACCUCUACAGACUUCAAAGGAAGAGCAAUGACUGUCCUUCUCUGACCUGGAAGCAACGCCUUAAUAUUUGCAUCGGAGCUGGUCGGGGCCUAGACUAUCUCCACACGGGCCAAGGAAUCAUACAUCGUGAUGUAAAGCCUUCAAACAUCUUGCUAGAUGAAAAUUUCGUAGCUAAGGUUUCAGAUUUCGGCCUAGCAAAACAGGAAGACAGGAGCACGUCAGAAAGCCACAUUAUCACAAAAGUUAAAGGCACAAAGGGGUACUUGGACGCACAUUAUAUGAGCACUGGUAAGCUAACAAGGAAAAGUGACACAUAUGCGUUUGGGGUGGUGCUUUUCGAAGUAUUAUGUGGGAGACCAGCAGUGGAUUUAAUGGUUCCUGAGGAUGAGUAUAUUUUGACCAAGUGGGCUCGAGAAAACAUCAGUAAUGGAAAAGUUGAUGAGAUUGUAGAUUCAAGUCUGAGGGGUGAAAUCUCAGAAAGUAGCCUUAGGGCAUUUGUGGAGGUUGCUGAAAGGUGCUUGCUUGAUGAACCGAAGAAACGACCAACAAUGGCUCAAGUUGUGCUGCAACUUGAGUUUUCACUUGAGCAACAGGAAAGCAAACAACCUCUUAAGUUUAAUGAGACAUCAAGUUUUUCUGUUGACAUCGGUCCACGUGAUGACAAAAUUGACCAAUUUGUUAAAACAGGGCAGCUAACAAUGACCUCUACAGAUGUGCAGAAUCUCACACCUCCUCGAAAAGAACAAGCUAACAGCAAAGUGGUUAUUGCUGAGCUUUCAUCUGGAAGAAUAGCCACAACGUAUAAGCCACCACGACUUUGGCCAUGGGAUGCAUUUUGGAACAGAUUCAAACCAUCCAAGAAAAAGGAAUUUUUAUUAUCAGAAUUCUGCAAAGAAAACAUCAAAUUGCCCAAGUUUGAUUGGAGUAAAGUUGCAGCUGCCACCAAUCAAUUCUCCUCUUCACAAUUAGUUGGACAAGGCAGAUAUGGUCCUGUUUAUAAGGCUAUUUGCCCUUCGGGACAUGCAGUUGCAGUUAAAAGGCCUUCAUCAUCUUCAAUCCUCAUCCGCAAGGAGUUCAACACCGAGAUAUUUUUCCUUCACAAUAUCAUGCAUCGAAACAUCGUAAAACUACUUGGCUACUGCAUUUAUAGAGAAGAAAAAUUGCUGGUAUAUGAAUUCAUGGAAAACAAAAGUCUAGAUACCUUUAUAGAUGGAGAUCAACGUCCCCUCCUUCAAUGGCCAGUACGCUUCAACAUCAUAAUUGGGAUUGCUCGAGGACUUUCUUAUCUUCAUCAAGAUUCAGGAAUGAGAAUAGUUCACAGAGAUAUCAAAACCAGCAGCAUUUUAUUGGACACCGAGAUGAAUCCUAAAAUAUCUGACUUUGCCUUUGCCAGGACUUUACCAGAUAAUCAAUCUGAACUGAAAACCACACAAGUUAUUGGGACACAUGGCUAUAUGUCUCCAGAGUCUGCCAGAUAUGGCAAAUUUUCCUUUAAAUCAGAUGUGUAUAGCUUUGGAAUCACUGUGCUGGAAGUGGUUAGUGGCAGGAGGCAUAACCAACAUACACCUAAUCAGGAACCCUUUGUCCUUCUUGACUACGCAUGGAAGCUCUGGAAUGAAGGGAAGGCACUGGACAUGGUAGACGAAUCACUUGCAGGUGCAUUUGCAGUGGAAGAAGCUCUAAGAUGUAUUCAAGUUGGUCUCUUAUGCACCCAAGACGAACCAAAUCACAGGCCAGAUACGUAUUCUGUGAUUAAAAUGUUGGAAGGCAAAGAGCUAGUAGUGGAGCCACAAAAGCCACCACCUCCAGCCAAUCUUCUACAUGGUGAUGCAACAUUCAUGACGCAGUUGCAAGAAACUUGUGAAGAAGUCUUUGAACCGAACAUAAAAUUGGUAAAGUUUGAUUGGAAUACGAUUGUAACGGCCACCAGUGGGUUCUCCUCUUCAAAUAAAGUUGGAGUAGGCUCAUUUGGUCCUGUUUAUAAGUUGCAGUUAAAAGGUAUAAUCCAGCUUCAACGCAAGGCUUUGAGGAGUUUAAAAAUGAGAUACUUUGGCUACCCAAGCUUCGGCACCGAAACAUCAUUAAUCUACUUGGCUAUUGCAUUCAUAGGGACCAAGAAUAUUUGCUAGUAUAUGAAUUCAUGGAAUACACAAGUGUAUCUAAAUAUCUAGGUGACGCACAACAAGGUCGCCUCCUUCAAUGGCCAGUACGCUUCAACAUCAUAAUUGGGAUUGCUCGAGGGCUUCUUUACCUUCACCAAGAUUCAGGAUUGAGAAUAAUUCAGAGAAGUAUCAAAACCGGCAACAUUUUAUUGGAUGCGCAGAUGAGUCCGAAAAUUUCAGACUUUGACUAUGCUUUGACUUUGGGAGAACAUCAAACUCAAACCGAAGCCUCACGAAUUUGUGGGACUAUCGCUUAUUUGCCUCCUGAAUAUGCUCUGCAUGGGAUACUUUCUUUUAAAUCAGAUGUGUAUAGUUUUGGAGUGACAGUUCUGCAGAUUGUCAGCGGCAGAGCUUCUGCUUUUGGUGCACCUAACGAUGAGGAACGCAUGUACGUUGUUCUUGAAUAUGCAUGGGAGCUCUGGAAUCAAGGGAAAGCAGUAGAGCUGGUGGAUGGAUUACUUGGAGGUGCAUUUCCAGUGGAAGAAGCCAUCAGAUGCAUUCGGCUUGCUCUCUUAUGCACCGAAGAAGAUCCAAAUCGCAGACCAGAAAUGUAUUCUGUGCUUAAAAUGUUGCAAGGAGAAGAGCUAAUACCUGACCCACAAAACACAUGGUCUCUAAGUGUCCAUUUUGAUGAUGAAACAUCCUAAGUGAUCAGAUAUAUUUGAAUUAGUUGAAAUUUUUUAUGUUAAUAGUGUUUUUUAUAUAAUGAAAUGAGAAUUUUUUUUAUUA